CCGUGGGAUGUCGGGAGUUGUAGUUGACGUUCGGUCUUCCUCGAAGCCCUUAUCGCCCGUAUUUCCUUCUCAACAGCAAAAGCCGGGCCAUGGCGGCUGCGGCCAACUCGGACGGGCGGUCUAAGGUGGCGCCAAGCGUAGAUUUUGAUCAUAGCUGCUCCGACAGCGUCGAAUACCUGACCCUGAACUUCGGGCCCUUCGAGACGGUGCAUCGGUGGCGCCGCCUCCCGCCCUGCGAUGAGUUCGUCGGGGCUCGCCGUAGCAAACACACCGUGGUCGCCUACCGAGAUGCCAUCUACGUCUUUGGCGGGGAUAACGGGAAAACUAUGUUGAAUGACCUGUUAAGAUUUGAUGUGAAGGACUGCUCUUGGUGCAGGGCUUUUACUACCGGGACCCCACCGGCACCAAGGUAUCACCAUUCAGCAGUAGUUUAUGGGAGCAGCAUGUUUGUAUUUGGUGGCUAUACUGGAGAUAUAUAUUCCAAUUCCAACUUGAAGAACAAAAAUGAUCUUUUUGAAUAUAAACUUGCAACAGGCCAGUGGACUGAGUGGAAGAUUGAAGGAAGAUUACCAGUUGCUCGGUCAGCUCAUGGUGCAACAGUCUAUAGUGAUAAACUUUGGAUCUUUGCAGGAUAUGAUGGAAAUGCAAGAUUAAAUGACAUGUGGACUAUUAGUUUACAAGACAGAGAAUUAACUUGUUGGGAAGAGAUUAAACAGACUGGUGAGAUUCCUCCUUCAUGCUGUAAUUUUCCUGUAGCUGUCUGCAAAGAGAAGAUGUUUGUUUUUUCUGGCCAGAGUGGAGCAAAGAUUACCAAUAAUCUUUUUCAGUUUGAAUUCAAAGAAAAAAUCUGGACACGAAUCCCUACUGAACACUUACUACGGGGCUCUCCACCUCCUCCCCAAAGGAGAUACGGCCACACAAUGGUUGCUUUUGAUCGCCAUCUCUAUGUGUUUGGUGGUGCUGCAGACAAUACGUUGCCUAAUGAACUUCAUUGCUAUGAUGUUGACUCUCAGACAUGGGAAGUUAUCCAGCCAAGUCCAGAUAGUGAGUUACCAACUGGAAGACUCUUCCAUGCUGCAGCUGUUAUCUGUGAUGCAAUGUAUAUCUUUGGUGGGACAGUGGACAAUAACAUUAGAAGUGGAGAAAUGUAUAGAUUUCAGUUUUCUUGUUAUCCAAAAUGUACUUUACAUGAUGACUAUGGAAGGCUAUGGGAAAACAGGCAAUUCAGUGAUCUGGAAUUUGUGCUUGGGGAGAAGGAAGAGCGGGUCCGAGGGCAUACAGCUAUUGUCACAGCUCGCUGUAAAUGGCUCAGGAAGAAAAUCACACAGGCGAGAGAAAGGCUGAAACAGAAAUCUAAGCAAGAGGUUGAUGAGGAAGGACAAGAGAUGCCCCAAAAGGAAAUGACAGGCAACAAUGUAAAGUUGGGUCGCCUGCAGCCACUGCUGGAGGUGACAAUCCGGGAAGCUGAAGCUCAGCCCUUUGAGGUGCUCAUGCAGUUUCUCUACACAGACAAAAUCAAAUACCCACGCAAAGGGCAUGUGCAAGAUGUUCUGCUAAUCAUGGAUGUAUACAAGUUGGCUCUUAACUUCAAACUAUCCCGAUUGGAACAACUGUGUGUCCAAUAUAUUGAGGCCUCAGUAGAUCUGCAGAAUGUACUUGUUGUAUGUGAAAAUGCAAACAAACUUCAGCUAGAUCAGCUGAAGGAACACUGCCUGAAUUUUGUGGUAAAAGAAUCACACUUCAAUCAAGUAAUAAUGAUGAAAGAAUUUGAACACCUUUCUUCAUCUUUGAUCGUGGAGAUAGUACGCAGAAAACAGCAACCUCCACUUCGAACACAUUCUGAUCAGCCGCUUGAUAUUGGAACCUCAUUGAUUCAGGAUAUGAAAGCCUAUCUGGAAGGUGCUGGUCUAGAAUUCUGUGAUAUCAUUCUACUGUUAGAUGGUCAUCCAAGACCAGCUCAUAAAGCUAUUCUUGCAGCCCGCUCUAGUUACUUUGAAGCAAUGUUUCGUUCUUUUAUGCCAGAAGAUGGCCAAGUUAAUAUUUCAAUUGGUGAGAUGGUGCCAAGCAAACAAGCAUUUGAGUCUAUGCUACGAUAUAUUUAUUAUGGUGAAGUGAACAUGCCUCCUGAAGAUUCUCUCUACCUCUUUGCUGCCCCUUAUUAUUAUGGGUUCUAUAAUAAUCGUCUUCAAGCAUAUUGUAAGCAGAACCUGGAAAUGAAUGUUACUGUGGAAAAUGUGCUCCAGAUUUUAGAGGCAGCUGACAGGACCCAGGCACUGGACAUGAAGAGACACUGCCUAUAUAUCAUUGUUCACCAGUUCACCAAGGUCUCCAAGUUGCCAAAUCUUCGGUCUCUCAGUCAACCUCUCCUACUUGACAUCAUAGAAUCAUUAGCAAAUCACAUAUCAGACAAACAAUGUGCUGAGCUUGGAGCAGAUAUUUAAGAUUUCUUUUAUUCUACAUCUUGCAUAUUUUUUUCUAAGAGGUUGCACUCUUCCUAUAUACAAUAUAAAGAUAUUUAAUCUUUAUUAUCAAUCCAUGUUGAUAUGGUAAGAUGUCCUUAUAAAGUCCCCUUGUGUGAGAUGGGCGGCCAUAUAAAUUUGAUAAAAUAAAUAAAUAAAGCAGGAAACCUUUGAAUAA